CGGAAGGCGCCUGCACCUGCUACCGCUGGGCGCUUGUCACAGGCGCUGGCUGCGGACUCUCCGAGCACCCACAGAAAGCUAGAAGUCUGGAGGGGAGAAGUUUGAGGCUGGCAAAGGCAUUUCAGAACUUCACCUGAAACAGGUGGGCUGUCACAACGAGUCUCCAAGGUGCCGGUGUUUCAGCAGAAAGAAGUGCAGAACAUUUAAUACCAGAGUGCCGAUGGCCAACUUCAAGGGCCACGCUCUCCCAGGGAGUUUCUUCUUGAUAUUCGGUCUGUGGUGGUCAGUGAAAUACCCGCUGAAGUAUUUCCAGCAAAGAGGGAAGAACAACAGGCUGAACCAUCUUCAGCAGCGUCUUGAGCUCAUUGAAGCCACACUCAAGAUUUUGUUUUCUUUCAUUGGGAUCCUGGCAGAGCAGUUUGUUCCUGAUGGGCCCCAUCUCCACCUCUACCAUGAAAACCACUGGAUGAAACUAAUGAACUGGCAGCACAGUACCAUGUACUUAUUCUUUGGAGUGUCAGGAAUCGUUGACAUGCUGACCCUUCUGGUCACUCACAUCCCCUUGGGGGUAGACAGACUGGUUCUGGCUGUGGCAGUAUUCACUGAAGGUUUUCUCUUCUACUACCACGUUCAUGACAGACCUCCGCUGGACCAACAUAUCCACUCACUCCUGCUGUUUUCUUUGUUUGGGGGAAGUAUCAGUAUAGCCUUAGAGGUGAUCCUUCGGGACAAUAUUGUGCUGGAACUUUUCCGAACCAGUCUCCUCAUUUUCCAGGGAACCUGGUUCUGGCAGAUUGGAUUUGUGCUCUUCCCACCUUUUGGGACACCUGAAUGGGACCAGCAUGACCAUGCCAACAUCAUGUUCAUCACCAUGUGCUACUGCUGGCACUACCUGGUCGCCCUCUGCAUUGUGGCCAUCAACUACUCUCUUGUUUACUGCAUUUUGACCCGGGUAAACCGACAUGGAGGAGGAGAAAUAAUUGGGAUUCAGAAGCUGAAGUCCGAUCACACUUACCAAACUGCCCUGCUGAGUGGCUCAGAUGAGGAGUGAGAUCAGGUGUGGGGAGAUGGAGACCAUCCACCCUGCUGAGCCUCAUCGCUGCAGUGCAGGGCAGCUCCUGAUUGCUCUGAGGCUGGCUCUGGACUGUUCCUACAGCACUGUGUAUUUGUACCUCUUCAUUUAAUACAAAGUGGGAGGCUUUAACACAUGAAAUUGUGUAUCUUGCUGCUUGGAUUUUCCAAUCAUAAUUUAAAGUCUGUGUUAGUGUAAUACCUUUCAUAAAGAGAAAUGAAGUACUAGCUGUAAGCAGCAAGCCUGUGUGUCUCCAUGUACAGAAAACAGACUGAAAAUCUUGAACAGGAAGUGUCUUUCUGGAAGAAACAGGGUAUAACUCCAACAGAACAUCAUGCUGCUUUUUGAUAAUUUGCCUCUCUCCAAGGAAACAGGUACUUUCUUACCAAAAAGAUAGGUAUGUGAAUGACAGUGCCUUUGGCUUAGAACUGUAAUUCUAACUGAAGUAUUUUUUUAAAAACAAAAGUGAUUCAAACUUUGGUAUCAUAAGGGUUGUUAAAUAUUGUCUAACUAGUCCUAUCAGAACACUGUAGUUCCACUCUUCACAGGGUACAAAACUAGGCCAAAAGUUAAAAUUUUUUUAAAUCAGGAAGCUAGUGAGUAGCUGAACCGAGAGUGGAAUCUGCCGUUCUGACUCUUCAAAGUUACCCUAAUAAAGGAAGUACAGCAAGUAAGAGGAGAGACAAGAAUCUGUAUAAUGAUGUAAAAAAAAAAGUUAUGGAAGGGCUUGCACUUUAACCCAGAUGAAGCACUAUGAAUUCUGAAUGAGUAAUAUAAGUUUUGAUCUGGAUCUGUUUUUCUUUUUAAGACUUCCUUCAACAGGUUAUUUAUUAAACAUUCAAUUUUCAGCAGCA